UCGUGUGCCCAGCUAACGUGACGCGCUGGCGCUAUAAAGGGCAUAGGCGUGGAGACGCACGCCGCAGUCCAGUCGACACCGUCACCGUCGACAUCAGCUCCGCCAACAACAACCAUGCCCAGCACCACCACCGUCCUGGUCGCGGCCGCGCUCCUCGGCCUGGCCCUGUCCGCCCCAAUGUCGUCAGAGGAAUCUGAAGAAUCAGUUUUGCCACCAGAGGAGAUUAAGAUGAACCACGAUGCCUGUGUGAAAGAGCUGGGCCUCACAGAGGCCGACAGGAAAGAUCCUAAGACUAAAGACAAGAUCCUCGCCUGCAUGUUCAAAAAGGAUGGCACUAUGACGGAUGACGGCCAGUUCUCAGUCGAAGGAACAAUCGCAAAUGCAGUUAAAGUGCUGAAGGCGAGCCCAGAAAAGCUUGCUCUUAUUAAAGAGAUGGCUGCGGAAUGUAAAAAGACACUUGCUGACGUUAAGGCUCCCGAAGACGUGUUGGCCGGGAGGAUUCAGCGCUGCUUCCACGAAUAUGCAAAGGCGCACAAGUCGGCUGUGACCAAGACUCCGGCUUAAAAGCGCCCGACUACAGACGCGUGGCACUUGAAGAAGAUCGGUACAUUCGUAUGUCUUACAAAUCAAUAAUGCGUCAAUAAAAGAGUGCUUUUAAUUGGAAA